AUGCUCGCCCUCUUCCCCGCAUCUGGCGCCCUGGGCGGCUCCAUCGCCUCCCACCUCGUCGACCGCGUCCCCGCCAACUCGCUCGUCUUUGUCGCGCGGCACCCGCACAAGCUCUCCGACUACAGCGCCAAGGGCGUCACGGUCCGCCACGCCGACUAUGACGCCCACGACACGCUCGAGCACGCGUUCGACGGCGUCGACUCUCUCUGCUUGAUCUCGUACGCUUCGAUUCAGAACGACCACCGCUUCGAGAGCCACAAGGCGGCCAUCAUCGCGGCGCGAGCGUCGGGCGUCAAGCAUAUCCUGUACACGUCGCUCGCGUUCGCCGGCGAGCCCGAGUCGACGUCGAGCGUGACCCAGGUCAUGCAGGCGCACUUGCGCACCGAGGCGUACCUGCGCGAGAUCGCGGCCGAGGACCCGUCUUUCGCGUUCACCGUCGUCCGCGAAGGUCUCUACACCGAGUCGUUCCCGCUGUACACGGCUUUCUUUUCGCUCUCGUCGCCCUCGUCGCCGCCGACGAUCCGCAUCCCGCACGACGGCGCCGUGCCCGGCGUCGCGUGGGCCAAGCUCGACGAGCUCGGCGAGGCGACCGCGCGCAUCCUCGCCGACCUCGUCGUCGCCGCCGACGCCGAGCGGCCCAAGUACACAAACGAGCUCGUCCUCCUCACGGGCGAGCGCGCCGUCUCGCUCGCCGACACGGUCGCGCUCCUCGGCGCGGCGUCGGGCCAGCCCGACCUGCGCAUCGAGCCCGUCUCGGUCGAAGAGUACGCCGCGCAGCCGUCGAUGGGCCCUGGGUUCGCGUCGUACGGCGGCGCCAAGUGGGCCGCGCCGUGGGCGAGCGCGUUCGAGGGCAUCAGGAGGGGCGAGACGGCCGUCGUCACUCGGUCGCUCAGGGACAUUCUCGGGAGGGAGCCCGAGCCGGUCGAGGUGACGCUGCGCAAGAUGGGAGAGCAGGCGCGAGGCGAGUAGAGGAAAUUCCAGAUAGACUUGUGCAAAACGUUCCCCUCG